UUCAUAUACUGAUUUCCUUUCUUUUGGGUAUAUACCCAGCAGUGGGAUUGCUUUAUUUAUGGUAGCUCUGUUCUUAGUUUUUUUGUUGUUGUUUGUUUGUUUGUUUGUUUGUUUGUUUGAGACGGAGUCUUGCUCUGUCUCCCAGGCUGGAGUGCAAUGGUGCGGUCUCGGCUCACUGCAACCUCCACCUCCCGGGUUCAAGCGAUUCUCCUGCCUCAGCCUCCAGAGUAGCUGGGAUUACAGGGGUCCGCUACCAUGCCUGGCUAAUUUUUGUAUUUUUAGUAGAGAUGGGGUUUCACUAUGUUGGCCACACUGGUCUUGAACUGCUGACCUCAUGAUCCGCCCACCUUGGCCUCCCAAAGUGCUGGGAUUACAGGCAUGAGCCACUACACCUGGCCUACCAAACAUUUUUUAAAGAACUAAUACCAAUCCUACUGAAACUAUUCCGAAAAAUAGAGGAGGAGGGAAUGCUUCCAAUCAUUUUAUGAGGCCAGUAUUAUCCUGAUACCCAAAUCAGACAAAGACACAUCAAAAAAAGCAGAUGAGAGGCCAGGAGUGAUGGCUCAUGCCUGUAACCCUAGCACUGUGGGAGGCUGAGGCAGGCAGUUGCUUGACCUCAGGAGUCUGAGGCCAGCCAGCCUGGGCAACAUGGUGAAACCCCUCUACAAAAAAAUUUAAAAAUUGGCCGGAUGUAGUGGUGUGUGUCUGUAGUCUCAGAUGCUCAGGAGGCCGAGGUGGGAGGAUCAGUUGAGCCAGGAGGUGGAGGCUGCAAUGAGCCAUGAUCAUGCCACAGAACUCCAGCCUGGGUGACAGGAGACCCAGAAAAAAAAAAAAAAGAGAGAGGAAGGAAAGAAAGAAAGCCACAGACUGGCAGAAAAUAUUUUCAAAACCUGUAUCUGAUAAAAGACUUGUAUCCAGGCUGGGUGCAGUGGCUCACUCCUGUAAUCCCAGCACUUUGGGAAGCCAAGGCGGGUGGGUCACCUGAGGUCAGGAGUUGGAGACCAACCUGGCCAACAUGGCAAAACCCUGUCUGUACUAAAAAUACAAAAAUUAGCUGGGCCUGAUGGUGCACGCCUGUAAUCCCAGCUACUGGAGAGGCUGAGGCAGGAGAAUCGCUUGAACCCGUUGGGCAGAGGUUGCAGUGAGCCGAGAUCUCGCCACUGCACUCUAGCCCGGGCGACAGGGCGAGACUCCGUCUCAAAAAAAAAAAAAAAAAGAAAAAGAAAAGGAAACAUAUGUCCAUAUGGAGACUGGUACUGAAAUGUUCAUCGAGGUUUUAUGUGUCAUAGCCAAAAAUGGAAACAAUCCACACAUACACCAACAGGCAGAUGGAUAAAUAAUGGUACGUCCCCCUCGAAAGACAGCAUACUGUGUGAUUUUAUUUGUAUAAACUCUAGAAAAUGCAAACCAAUCAAAACUGACAGGAAUCAUGUUGGUGGUUGCCUGGGGUGGGGUGGUGAGCAAGUGGGAUUACAGACACACACAGGAAACGCGGGGAGUGACGGGAGGUAUAUGCUGUCUUGAUGAUGGGAUUACAGACACACACAGGAAACGCGGGGAGUGAUGGGAGGUAUAUGCUGUCUUGAUGAUGGCAGUGGUUUCACAGUUGCAUAUAAAAGUCAAAACAUCGGCCGGGCACGGUGGCUCAUGCCUGUAAUCCUAGCACUUUGGGAGGCCAAGGCGGGUGGAUCACCAGGUCAGGAGAUCGAGAUCAUCCUGGCUAACGUGUUGAAACCCCGUCUCUACUAAAAAUAUAAAAAAUUAGCCGGGCAUGGUGGUGGGCUCCUGUAGUCCCAGCUACUCAGGAGGCUGAGGUGGGAGAAUGGCGUGAACCCGGGAGGCGGAGGUUGCAGUGAGCUCAGAUCGCGCCACUGCACUCCAGCCUGGGCGACAGAGCAAGACUCCGUCUAAAAAAAAAAAGUCAAAACGUCAAAAAAAAAAAAGUCAAAACGUCAAAUUCUGUAAAGUAAAGCGACUGUCAUGGAGCCACCCAGCCGUGCUGCAGUUGGCUGCUUUCAACAAACCAAUGCCUGUCCAGUGCUCAGAAAAAGGUGUGGCACCCAGCAUACUAACACUCACCAUCAUCACCAUCAUCAUCGCUACUAACAUCAUCGUCACCAUCACCACCACCACCACCACCAUCGCCAUCACUAUCAUCACCACCAUCACCACCACCACCAUCAUCACAUCAUCGCCAUCACUAUCACCACCAUCACCAUCACCACCAUCCUCACCAUCACCAUCAUCAUCACCACCAUUACCAUCACCAUCACCAUCAUCACCACCACCACCACCAUCAUCACCAUCACCACCAUCAUCACCACCAUCACCACCGUCACCGUCACCACCACCAUCAGCACCAUCAUCAUCAUCACCACCGUCACCAUCACCAUCACCACCGUCACCAACACCAUCACCAUCACCACCGUCACCAACACCACCACCAUCAUCACCACCACCACCAUCAUCACCACCACCACCACCACCAUCACCAUCAUCACCACCAUCACCAUCAUCAUCACCACCAUCAUCACCAUCGCCACCACCAUCAUCAUCACAUCAUCAACAUCACCAUCACUAUCACCACCACCAUCACUAUCAUUAUUGUCAUGAUUGUCUAUCACCAUCAUCAUCACUGUCACUAUCAUCGUCACCACCAUUGUCAUUAUCACCAUCAUCAUCAUCUUCACCAUCAUCAUCUUCACUAUCACCAUCAUAUCCACCAUCAUCAUCAUCAUCAUCACCAUCACAACCACCAUCACCACCAACACACUGUCACCAUCAUCACCAUCAUCACCAUCUUCACCAUCAUCACCAUUAUCAACAUUGUCAUUGUCACCAUCAUCAUAACCACCAUUGUCACCACCAUUAUUGUCAUCAUUGUUAUUAUGACCAGGAUCACAAGACUAGGCCUGGAUUUGGGGCUGUUGACUCAGGAGGCCACACUAUAGCCACCCCAAUCUCACACAGGCCCCUAGGCUGCCUGGGCAGGUAUCUGUGCACAACAGCCCUGGCUCUGCUCUCCAGCCCCUCCUUCAGGCUCACCUCACAGGCAGGUAAACAUGUUCUCAGACAUGCUGUGGUGCAGGCUGGGAGAGGAGCCUCCCUCCUCCUUCCCAGAGCAGCUGUUUCUGGGCCAAGCAGGGCCCAGGCCAGCCCCAAAUGCAUUGUGUGUAGAAGGGAACAAGCCCAGAACAAGGAAAUCCUCCUUCCAGGCCAGGAAGAUGGGUGUCCGGGUGAGUGGCAGGUCAGGGCCAUGGGAUGGGCCUUCUCCUGCAGCGAGCCCGACACUGAACUACAGCCACCAGCCCCCACUCCUGCCCCAGAUAGAACCCGCUCUUGGGUGAAGGCUACGACAGCCAGCCUCAGAGUGGGACUUAUGGGGUGUGGGGAGAACACGGACCUGGCCGUGAGCUGUCAGGGGAUUCCUGGGGCACUGCCUCCUAAGCCAUGACUCUGGGCAUCCUCUCGUCUUGGAGAGACAGAGGCAGUAACAGCCCCGCCCCAGGUUUGCAGAGGCUUAAGUGAGGUCACCAACGUGAGGGGGAGGCCCAGCUGCCCGGGAGCCCUGGAGACUGUCACGGCAUUUGUCACAGGGACCCUGGGAGUGUUGGGCCAGCGCAUCUUUCCAUUUUGUGCCAUUCAGUUUUACUUUAACUCACUUUACUAUUUUGUUUUUUGAAUUUAUUUUACUUGAUGAGAUUUUAGAAUUUUUACAUUGAGGGAGAACCUACCUAUGAGAAAGUGCCCAGAUCCUGAAGGUCCCACCCCUGUGGUCACGGCUGGCACUGGGUCAGAGCCUGGGGGUCCAGGGUACCUUCCCCACCCCCCUCCCCGGAGGCUCCUCAUGCCCCUUUCCAGGACAUGGUGAAGACAGGCAGAGGGGCUGGGCUGGCCGGGCCUGGGCACUGGGUACUGGGUCCCACCGUGAGUCUCCCUGGAGUACAGGCUGACCCAGCAGGGAGACCCGGAGAAGUCCUCUCCCCACACCUCCUGGGGGCUGGCUGAAUUCUGAGCCAAAUGACAGGAAAAGAGGCACUUCCAUCCCAGUGGACACACCAAGGGCUCCCAUGCUGGCCGGGCGCCAGGCCAGCUCAGCCAAACUGGUUCAAAGAGAGGAAGCUGAAGGGGAGCCCAGAAGCAAGGCCCACUCUGCCUCCAGGACCAGGCCCACCUGGGGCAGAGACUGGGGUCUGUCCCCACCUGGGACCUAUGGGCCUGUGUGCUGACCUGGGCCCAAGCUGACCUCUGACCCCAGCAUAGACGGAGCCCCAUUCCCGGCUCCAGGCCAACUUCUUUUUUUUUUUUUUUUUUUGAGACAGAGUCUCGCUCUGUCCCCCAGGCUGGAGUGCAGUGGCACGAUCUC